AUGCCGGUCGAAGUGCAGCGUAAAUUGACUGUGCUGGGUUAUCCAGGUGUGGGCAAGUCUUCGCUUACGACGUGCUUCGUGGAAAACCGCUUUGUGGAGAAUUACGAUCCGACCAUCGAGAACACAUUUCACAAGACUAUCCGAGUUCGCAACGCGCACUUCGUGACAGACAUUGUGGAUACUGCGGGCAUGGAUGAGUACGCAAACUUCUCGCAAGCGGCUUCAGUGGGCGUGCAUGGCUACGUGCUUGUCUACUCGAUCGGCUCGCGAACGUCGUUUGAAAAACUCAAACUAAUAAAUGAGAAAUUGGUCAAUAUGUUGGGCUCCAAGCCGCCACGCGUACUCGUAGGCAGCAUGUCGGAUUUAGAUAAGGGCAGAGAGGUGACGGUAGAAGAAGGUCAGACACUAGCAGGCAAUUGGGAAUGUCCUUUUGUUGAGUGUUCGGCGAAAGACAACGAAAAUAUUAGUGAGGUGUUUACUUAUCUUAUAAAGGAAAUCGAGCGCGAUUCCGGAUUACUGGAAGAAAGCGAUGAAUCUCAAUGCUUGAUUUUGUAG